UAUGUCAGGAUCUGAUGAAGAUUGGUUUAACCAGGAUGAGGAGGAACUGGUGCAAAGCUUGGAGCAAAAGGUGAAGUUCCAGGAGCGGGAGAAUAAAGAGGAGCACAUAGAAUGCCGAGCGCCCGAGGUGGGGGAUUACUUAAAGCAACUGAACUUGGAGGCCUUUUCUACAGAUGGGAAAAAGGAUGAAAAAUCCUCCGGGCGGUUCUCCCUGACCGAGUUAACCAAGGCUAUGAAAAUGCCGCCCGUCGACAUGUUCCUUUACUUCCUAUCCGAGGAACGAGAUCUAUUCGUCAAUCAACUGGGGGCCAAUGAUAGCGUGAAGCGUGUCAGCCUGUUUGUGGAUGUCGUGAAAUCGCUCUGUCAACUCGAGUUGGGCGGAUUUGACGAAAAGUUCCUGUCCGCAUUUAGCCGACAGUCGGUGCUCCUAGACAAGAUCCGGAAUCUUCUCAUGGCCAAGGCUUCUGUGGGUAAAUGCGACGAGGAUUCGGCUCUGAUAUUAAGGAACAUAAAGUGGCUGCUGCUACGUGCCCAUAAGCUUGGAGUUUUGGACAAGCAGGGCUACGAAUUGGUAGAAUUGUACAAAAAGCUGGCACGUUCCUUUAAAUCGGACUUUAUUGAAGGUCUGGAAGCAUUUAGCGGCAAACAUUCCCAUAAUGUCAAAGGGCAAAUCUACCCAUCGCUAAACCAGUUCCUGGGAAAAGAAGGGGUUAUGGAAAUUCCUGACCAAGAACCUCCUCAGUCUAACGAAGUAGUCCAAUAUUUGAACAGACAGCGGCAUUUACUGGUCGAAGAUUUUUCUACCCCAUUAAUCGAGUUUGUACAGCAGCUGCGCGCUGAAAAAGAUCUACAGGAUCUGGAGCAGCAGAAUCUGUUGUGGUCCAGUGCCUAUCUGACCUUAAAUCCCCAGUUUGCCGAGGCUCAGCGACACAGCCUGGUUUUCCUUAAAAUCGAAUCUACCGAAAGUUCAAGGAAUGGUACUAAGAAUGGACUGGACAACAUAAAAUCAGGGGCAUUACUCUGUUUAACAACAACUCUGGCUUUCAAUGAUAUUAUUCUGGCUUCCGUUGGCUACACAGAGCCCGAAAAACUAAAAGAGGGCUGUCUAAGUGUCCAGAUUGUCAAGCAGUAUAACAUUGGCAACAUUUACGAUCGACAACUGUUUAUGUUUCAGACGCCCGUAUUUUUCGAACCAUAUCUAAGGGUUCACAAUUAUCUGAGCACCUGCAGCACGGAGCAGUUUCCCAUGCGUCGCUAUAUUGUAGAUGGAGAGUUUGAAAUACGACCACCUUCGUAUAUUAAACCAGGACUCAAGCUGAGUCUUAAUGGCAAACCCUUUACGCUGGACAAACCGCCAACAAAUCUUUCUUUCAAUGAAAGCCAGAGCACAGCUUUUAAGGAAGCCCUUAGCAGAGAAUUCAGCAUCAUACAGGGACCUCCAGGCACGGGCAAAACGUAUCUCUCAGUCGAGUUGGUUAACAGUUUGAUACAGAACGCCAAAGUUUUGGGCACGGGUCCCAUCAUUGUGCUGACCUAUACCAACGAUUCGCUGGACAAAUUCCUGGUAAAGGUGUCGCAAUACACCAAGGAAAUACUUCGUUUUGGCUGGCAGGCGCGAGACCCGCAAAUAGCCAAGUUUAAUGCGCAUGCCAUGAUCAAUCCGGAUUUGGUGCCGCCUCGCUUGAAGCGAAUUUGGUGGCUGGUAAACUGCGAAUACAAGGAGAAGUUCCAGUUACUGCAAAGCCUGUACUCCAACUUCGAUGGCAGCGAGGACAGCUACCAGCAGACACUGUUGGCCCAGGAGCAGUUGCACCAGGUGGCCGAGAGGAUCGACACAUUGCGCAUGAUUUUCCAGUUCUUUCUGGCAAAGGACAAGGAUCUGCUGGCCAUGACCACCACGUGUGCUGCUCGCUUAAACUUUCUCUUCCGGCUGCUAAAAUCAAAGUGCGUAGUCUUCGAGGAGGCGGCCGAAAUUCAGGAGGCACACAUCCUGGCCUGUCUUACGCCGCACACGGAGCACGUUAUCUUCGUCGGCGAUCACAAGCAACUGCAACCCUUUACCGGAAGUAGUCAGGUGCCACAAAUCUCCCUCUUUGAACGCCUCAUCGUGGCGGGUAUGCCGUACUCCCUGCUCAAUUACCAGUAUCGCAUGCGUCCCUGCAUUUUAGAGCUCCUGGUACCAAGCAUUUAUGCCGAACUGAUUUGUUCAGAGUCAGUGAAGGAAUACGAAGACAUCCGUCGCAUGGAACAUAAUUUAUUCUUAGUGCAGCACAACCAACCGGAGAAGCGGUCCACGGACAUGUCCUUUCAAAAUCCCUACGAAGCAGAAAUACUGGUAAAAUUAGUGGAAUUCCUUAUCGAGAAGGCUAAAUAUCAGCAUGGUGAUAUUGUGAUACUAUCACCGUACAAUGCGCAAAUAGAGUGCAUUAAGAAAUCGCUUCCCCGCAAAUAUCGGUCAAGUGUCCAGGUGGCCAGUGUAGAUAGUUUUCAGGGUUUGGAGGCCAACAUAGUGCUUCUCUCUCUGGUCCGCAGCAAUCCGUCCGGCCAAAUUGGCUUUUUGAGACUUCCGAAUCGAGUCUGUGUGGCUCUUUCUCGGGCCCGAUGGGCUCUUUAUAUUAUCGGUAAUAUAGAGAAUUUGCAGAAAUCCUACCCAAAGCUUUGGGGUCCCAUUGCCAAACGUUUGAAGGAUAAUAAUGCCAUUGGAGAGGCUUUCCCCAUGUUACUGAAUAAUUAA